AUGUCACUUGGGGAGAUAAGAGAAAGAAUGAUGAAAGCACAGAAGGCUUGUAUACAGAACGUUGAUAUAUUUGAAACAGCAACAGCAACAAUUUUGACAAAUGUUUGUAAAUCAAUCAAAUUAGCUCCAGAAUUUCUUCUUACCGUAAUGUUACCAGCUGCUGCUCAUUGUUGUUUUAAUGCAUCUGUAAGAUCGUGGUCUAAUUAUUUAAACCAUUUCAUUAUCUAUAGUAUCAUUUGUGGUUUUCCAUGUGCCGGUAAAUCACAGGCGAUGAGAUUUGUUCGAAAGGCCGUAGAAGAUGUCGAGGAUGCUUUAGGUAUUAAUCCGGAUGAUUCAAAAAAUAAUAACUCAGCAACUAUUGAGUCGUUGAUUGGAGAAUUGCAGAAACAUUCCAGUAUCGUUCAACUAUGGGACGAACUAAAUACUUUUCUUUAUUCAAUGGGUAUUUACAAAUCAGAAAAAUCCGCUUACGAUCGAAGUUACUUCAAUACAUUUUUCAAUGGAGAAAAUCGUCAAAGACGUCAGACAUGCAAAAACCAGAAAGGUACCAUCACAAAACCUCGUCUCAACAUCAGUGCUGCUGGUCAUCCAAUAACAACAAUCUCUAGUAUCUCGGAUGAGAACACAAAUAUAUUUACACAAGAUGGUUUAUUUGCACGAUUUAUAAUUUGUGCACCAAAAGCAAGUGCUCCAUUAUCAAGUGAUUUUUGUGAUAUCGAUAUGCAUUGUCCGUCUCUAUCUCACUUGUUAUUUGGUAUCAAUCAAUUACAUACGAACGGAGUAAGAGAUAGUUCAAUAAUAUUGUAUUUUUCCUAG